AUGGCAGUAACGCUGCACACAUCGCACGGAGACAUCAAGCUAGAGCUGCAUUGUCGCGAGACACCGAAAACGUGCAAGAACUUCCUGGCGCUCUGCGCAUCGGAUUACUACACAGGGCUAACAUUCCACAGGAAUAUAAAGGGAUUCCUCGUCCAGGGCGGAGAUCCCACCGGCAAGGGGAAGGGCGGCGAGAGCAUCUAUGGCGGACUCUUCGAGGACGAGAUAGUCGGCCACCUCAAGCAUGACAAGAGGGGCGUUGUGUCCAUGGCAAACCUGGGAAAGCCUAAUACAAACGGCUCGCAGUUCUUCAUCACGUAUGCCAAGCAGCCCCAGCUCAACGGCGCCUACACCGUCUUCGGAAGGGUUAUAGAUGGGAUGGAUGCGCUGGCCAAGAUGGAGAGCGAACCCGUUGGCGAGAAGUAUCGGCCGACCAACCCUAUUACCAUACAGAAAGUCACUAUCCACGCCAACCCAAUCGCAGAGAGUGAAGCUUCGGAGGAGACGAAGUGA